UUUUAUCCAGUAUUGUUUCGGUGAUCUACGAGUUACAAAAUUCUGUGUUUAAGAAAUCCGGCUAUCAUUUAUCGUGGGGCAAUUGAUAAUAAUUUUUGACUUACAUCUUAAUAUUUUUUUAAAUAUUAAUAUUUAGAUUUUAAUAAAUUUUGUAUAUUUUUUAAAUUAAAACGAAUCGGUUUAAUUAUGCCUGUUAAUAACCAAUCGCGUAUUAUUUCUAGAGAUCGAUUGAGAGGUCGCCAAUCUUUGGAAUCUCGACGCCGAUUAAUAGUUAUAAUACGACGUCUUCAUUUUUUCAACACCAUCCGCGAUUUAAGUAUAAUUAUCCGACCUUUAACGUCUUUUCAAAUUUUGCAAUGUUUAAAUGCCCGUCGUGUAAUUAUACCGAUUCGAAACAUGUUAUUGGAUGAACCGGCAGCGUUAUCGGCAACGAACAGACAUUUUGGACGAACGUUGCGCGGAUUGCGAGUGGUUUUACAUCGUUUACCAGCAACAUCAAAUCGCGUUUCGAGAACCCCCAGAGAGGGAUACAUUAUUUUACGUGGUUUUCCUGUCAUCUUGCCACCUUUGUUCCCAAUUGAGGAACGAGAGAUACCACCUAUCUCUCAACCUCCAUUGCAAGUCGCGUCCAUGGAAGACCAGCCGCAACCGCCCCAAGUACAGACAACAACAACAAAUUCUACUUCGUCGUCCGUCUCUCCAAAUUUGCAACGAUGCGCCAACGAUGAUAUUUUACGCGAAACAACUGUCCCUUCAGAAGCUAACGAUCAACAUUUUCCAAAUUUAAAUAACAACGACGUGCCGGUGAAUGUAUUAUUACCGCCUCCUAGACGAAGGCACGCUGACAUACCUAUUAGAAGAACGCAUCGACACGCUAUUACUUUAGCACAACGACAACCGUUUCAUGUAGAAAUUCAAUCGUGCGGGCCAAUGACUGACGUAUGCCGUUUUUGCAACGCUUUGUUUUUUGAAUUGGAACCGAAAAAUCGGAAUAAUAUUAGAUUAAUUUGUUGCAAAGGGGGCGAAGUUAUUCUACCGCCUUUAGGGGAAUGUCCGAGAGAAUUGCAUCAAUUAUUAACUGAGAAUACACCUCUUGCUCGGCAGUUUUUGAAUAACAUCCGUAAAUUGAAUAGUAAUUUUGCCAUGGCCUCCAUGCACGCUACUAUUCCUGCGGAUGUUAAUGUUGGACAAGGGGCUGUUUGUUUCACAAUCACGGGGCAAAUUUACCACCACGCUCAGGACAUCCCUCUAAAUGUGCCGCACCGUGACGAACCGAUCAGAAACAAUCAAUAUUAUUUUCUUGAUGUCGCGGAAGCGCUCGAACGUCGCAACGAUUUUUUUGACGAGACGGGAAUAGAUCCGCAUCUUUUCCGGAUCCUCGAGGAAAUGUUGAGGCGCACGAACGUACUCGUCCAUAGUUACAUUUGCAUUCGGGAAAUGAUUCGGGAACGCAUCGAACGUGACGGGCCAAACUCGGUAGCGAACAUCGUGGUGGGAUUUAAAGACAACAUCAAUAGAGAUCGACGGAAUUUUAACUUACCCGAGAGCCGCUGCGAAAUAGCAGCGGUAUUUGAUAACGAUAUACCGUUCGAUGUUGAUCUGCGAGUGUACCCACGACGUUCGCUUAUCGACCAUCAAAAUAAAAUUAGUAAUUUGUCUCGUGUGUCUGAUCCCAUGGUGUACCCGUUACUCUUCUCUCACGGAGAGGACGGUUAUGACAUGCGUCUCAGAUACGCGAGCAGACGAGACAAAAAAGUCUCGCUCCGGGAUUUCUAUCAGCACAGGUUGAUGGUACGUGACGGGAUUUUUUCCAUAUUGCACAAUUCCGCGAAACUAUUUCAACAGUACGUGGUUGACACGUACGUGAAAAUAGAAUCGCAAGAGUUGUGGUGGUAUCGGACGAAUCAACGUCAAGUUCGGACCACGUAUUACAACCGCUUAAUCGACUACGUGCGCAGGCGCGUAGCCGAAGCGGGGCCUAAUGCGAGGAUCGGCCGUAUCACCAUCCUGCCGGCCGCGUUUAAGGGUAGUUGUCGCGGACAGAACAAACUAUACCUGGACGCUAUGGCAGUCGUUGCCAGACACGGUAAACCAGACUUAUUUAUAACGAUGACCUGCAACCCCCAUUGGCCAGAAAUUACUCAAAAUUUAAAUUUUAAUCAACGCGUGGAAAAUCGUCCAGAAUUGGUGUGCCGAGUCUUCCAUACAAAGCUCCAACAAUUCAUGGACGAUUUAGUCAAAGAACAAUUUUUAGGAAUCGUCCGCACUUAUCAUUAUUCGAUCGAGUUUCAAAAAAGAGGACUGCCACACGCUCACAUUUUAAUCGGGUUCGAACCUACGGAUCGGAUCGACGACGCGGAGAAGAUGGACCGGAUUAUAUCCGCCCGGAUUCCCGACCGCGAAGUCGAGCCGGAUCUGUACGGCGUUGUGCGUGAUUAUUAUGUGCACCGUGUCUGCGGUCAAGACAAUCCGGCCGCCCCGUGUACAAACUUGGAGUCUCGCGUGUGCGCGAAAGGCUAUCCAAAAGCCUUUCGACGCGAUACCGUUCUAAAUUUCCACCGUUUCGACGGAAGACCGGAAUAUGCCCGUCCCGAUGACGGUCGGUUUGUCAUUUUCGCAGGCAAUCGUUAUGAUAAUCGGCGUAUCGUGCCUUACAACCGCUGGGCUGCGAUGAAAUAUCGGACUCACAUUAAUUUCGAAGGGGUCGGAUCUUUUGCCUCUAUCCGAUACCUGUACAAAUAUUGCCACAAAGGACCAGAUUGUAUCACCAUCCAAAUGCGCGGGCAGAAUAAUGAAGUCGAUUGGGACGAGAUUCGUAACUAUACCGACUGUCGAUAUAUCAGCUCGAUGGAAGCGUGCUGGCGUAUUUUCGCGUAUAAAUUACACGAUCGUUCCCACGCCGUAGUUACGUUGCCCGUUCACCUGGAGAAUGAACAACCCGUCACUUUCGAUGAAGAUGACGACGAAGAUGAAUUACUGACCCGUGUCGCGGACGCAACAAACUACGUGUCUAAAUUGGUGGCGUAUUUCCGUCUGAAUGCGGUCGACCCCGAAGCACGGCGGCUGCGCUACGUCGAGAUACCCGAAAACUACGUUUGGUUUAGAGGAGAAGGGGAAUGGCGUGCGCGUCAACAUUUUAAUAAAAUCGUGGGAGUUAUACCGGAAGUAUCCCCGUUGGAUGACGAAAGGUUUCACCUGCGUAUUUUGUUACAACAUUUACGGGGCGCCACCUCCUUCGAAUCGAUCCGGACGCUAGCCGACGGGUAUGUCUGUCAAACGUACCGUGAAGCCUGCGAGAAGCGUCGGUUACUCGCCAAUUUUGACAUUUACCACAACGCGAUGCGCGAGGUUUGCGAUCGCGAUUUGCCGCCGCGCGUCAGAAAUUUUUUCGCUCUAAUUAUUUUAGUUUCCUUCGAGCGCCAUCGGCACGAAAUACCGGCCUUAUGGGAAGAGUUCAAAGAUCCUUACAUGAUCGCUGAUCUCAUAAGACGCGGUAUUCCGCGGCCGAUCGCGCUUCGCCGCGCUCUCAUUAAUAUUGAUCAAAUCGUGGCGGCAAAUCGCGAGGGAAUAAACCUCAACGAGAUCGGUCUGGACGACCCGGAAGCUGCUGGCGUCAAUGAAGCGAACGCGUUUGUGGAAGUGAGACAAUGCGCGCCGGCGUCAGACGAGCACGAGAAUGUGCUCUUAAGAUUCGGGGACAGAGUGUGCGAGUUGAACGCGGAUCAACGUACUGUUUACAACGCCGUUAUUUACACUUUGUUAAAAAAUAGAAACAGCGUAGAUUCGGAGAGUGCGUUGCGACAUUUCCACCUCGACAGGGCUAUCGUUGCGGGACUGGAGGCGGACGAGACGUUCGUCAACAGAAAUUUAUUUUUUGUUGACGGGCCCGGCGGAACUGGCAAAACUUUUCUCUAUAACGUAAUCGCGGAGCGAAUUCUGUCUGCCGGCGGUGCCCGUCUGAUGGCAGUUGCGUGGACGGGAAUCGCUGCGUCUUUACUUAUAGAGGGGAGGACCUGCCACCACGCUUUCCGUCUCCCUCUGGACCUGGACGAAGAGUCCACGGUCGGAUGGCCGGCCGAGCACGAAAGGUCGCAAAACAUUCGUCGAACCGACGUCAUUCUUUGGGACGAGGUGUCGAUGACCUCAAAGCAUGCGUUGAACGCGGUCGACAGGUAUGUUUGUGACGUGUGCGAGAACAAUGUGGUUCCUUUCGGGGGAAAAGUAGUCCUUUUCGGGGGUGACUUUCGUCAAACGUUGCCGAUCGUAGUGCGCGGUUCGCGCAUGGACAUCCUUGCAAACUGUGUCAAAUCGAGUCAGAUUUGGCGCAGGGUGAAGGUGUUUUGUCUUCAGACAAACUUGCGAGUGAAUCGCGCGAUACAAUUGGCGACCGAGGCGGCGGCUCAUCAUCCCGAAAUGGUCAACUUGGAAGUCGUGGGGAACCGCAUUCGAGAGUACGGCAAUUGGCUUUUGCGUAUGGGAGAGGGGUCAAUCGAGAGGGCAAUUUUGCGCGAUACGUUCGUCCCGGCCGAUCUCAUCAAAAUCGAUCGUCAUUUCGUAAUGCCAACCAUACAGGAAUUGAUCGAAUGGGUCUACGACAGAGUGAAUGAAAACGACGUCGGGGAUCGAGUGAUACUGUGUCCCACCAAUGUCGCGGUAGAUGACAUUAAUUUGCUAAUUUUAAAUCGGAAAAUCAUUGGUGAGCCAAGGUACUACCACUCGGUCGACGAGUAUGCCGGCAAUGCGGCGACCGAGGAUGAUGAAUUUCACGUCCCUUUGGACGUCGUUCAUCGGAUCUCGGCGUCCAACCUUCCGCCACAUGAGCUCGUGCUCAAGACGGGAGCGGUUGUCGUCCUGCUUAAAAACCUAGACGUCAGGCAUGGACAGUGCAACGGCACCAGAAUGAUGAUUGUGCGUCUCGGCGAGGAAGUUUUGGAAGUCAAGGUUUUAUCGGGUCCCCGCAAAGGGGAGACCAUCAACUUGCCCAAAAUUGAAAUUACAUCGAGCGUUCCGCAACUUCCUCGCCCGAUCAAGAGAGUGCAGUUUCCUAUACGGCUGGCAUUCGCCAUGACGAUUAACAAAAGCCAAGGACAGACGUACGCAAGAGUAGGAAUCCAUUUGCCAAGCCCGUGUUUCGCGCACGGACAGCUUUAUGUGGCCUUCUCUAGGGUGGGCUCGCCUGAAGAUGUGCGUGUCGUGAUCGAAAACACGGCAAAUCAAGGCGCUUUCAGACGCAGAGACGGAGUUAAACUGACGCGUAACGUCGUUUACUCCAACAUUUUUAACAAUCCCGAACCACUUCGACAACGGUUACCCUGGAAUCCUACUCGUGCGAUUAUUGGGGGUCAGGGUGAAGUCGUGCUUCCGGCACGCGCGUCACCCUCUCCACCAACGUCAAACGAACCGAACAAUACUUCAUUCGAACAAGACGACGAUUUUUUCGAUUCACUAGAUUUGACCGAUAUUAUUAUGGACGUACUGAGACACAGACCCACACCCAGGAUUCUUCCGAUCCCCAGGCUGUACGAUAAUGUCGUGGUCAAUCCAUAUAACGAUCGACAAUUGUUUGAACGAGUCUCGCGCGAUAACCGUCCCGGAACAUCGGGGACAACCACGACAUUAUCCUCAGUUGACGUGCCAUUACCGAUUGUGACUUAAGUUUUAUCUCGAUUUAGACAAUUUUUUAAGCAAAAUCAAGACAUUUCGAUUUCAAAAGUGAAAUUAAAACUCUUUUCUUCAAAUUUAAUAUUUUUUUUUUUCAAAGUACACAUUUACACGUUCGUUAAUGCUGCCGUUAUAACAACAACGACAUUUACUUAUCAUCAAUAUUGUAUAUCUUCAAUAAAUAGUUUUUUUUUAUUAUUACAACCUUCUUAUUGUUAUUUCACUCUAUGAAUUUCACUUUUUUAUUCACUAUUUAAUUACCUUUUUCAAAGUUUUCUUUUAAAUUAGUCGUUGUUGAUUAUAUUUGUUUACAAUAACGUAUUCAUAUUUCUCUCGUAAAGCAAUUUAUAUAAAUUAAUUUUCUUUUAAUUUUGCAUUAUAUAACUUCAUUAAAUUUUCUCCAUUCAACAAAUAUUCUAUUAUAUAAAUUUUUAAAUCAA